GCCACCCCAAUGCCUUCCCCCUUCCCCCAGCACCAGGGUCAAAGCACGGAGUAAGGGAGCCUCGUGACCCCGGCGCCCCAGGCUCCCAUUUUUCUUCACCCCUUCCCUCCCCAACCCUUCCCCAUUUUCUCCUCUUCCCCGGCCCUCCCCCAGCCCAACAGAGGACCCGGUAGGCCUGUCACUGCUAAUGUCUUCUGGAGGACCCCGGGCGGUCGCGAAGGGGCGGAGUACGGUCAGGUCUGGCCGGAGAGGGCGGGGCCUGGGGCUCCAGCCUUGCGGUUGUGCCGGGCUAGAUUCAUUGCACUCCAGCGGCCCUGAUUCCACCUGCCCCCUCCCCCGCCUUUCAGAUCUGCUCCUCUCGCCCCCUUCCUGGCCAUGACCCUCGUUGCCUCGGCCCAGUGUUCCCAGCUCAUCCGAUCCAAGUUCCGCUCCGUCCUCCAGCUCCGAAUCCACCGGAGAUCCCAGGACCAGCGAGAGAAUGAGCUGAAGCCGGAGCGGCCCUUGGCUGGGAGCCAGGCUUCCAGUCCCUUAGCCCUUCUCCCCACCAACGGGUCCCAGGCUCCCCAGCGCCUGCCCCCAGCUCCAGCCCCCUGGGAAGCACAGACUUCUUUCACCCAGGCUUCUUUCGCACCCAGGGAUUCAGUAGAUCCCUGGAUCUCGGACCCAGUCCCUGUCCAAGCCUCCAUCACCAGUUCCUCCCCCUUGCCCUGUGAUUCUGAGGUCCCCAAACCCAGUCCAGCAAUCCUCCCCUUUUCUGGAGUGUCAUUGAAGAAGGCCAAAGGAGAUUGCCACCAGAGGGAGCCCAGGUCCAGGUUGAAACCACUCAAGUACCACGCGUAUGUGCCCCCAGAGCACAGGGGAGGGCCAGGGCCAGCGGCGCAGGUCGAGGGAAGCCUCCCCAGCCUCCCCUCAGCUCCCCCCAGCGAGGAUGGGCAGCUCCCAGGGCACAAGCAGGAUCUGUCCUUGCCCAGGACUUGGGGGUCGAGAGCGGGUCCCCAGGAUAGCCCUGCAUCCCUGGAGGUUCCCCGACCAGUGGUUCCUAAGCCCAAGUUAGAGCUGCAGACCCUCCGACUGGAGGAGCUGACGGUCUCGGAGCUCCGCCAGCAGCUCCGCCUGCGGGGCCUCCCGGUGUCCGGGCCCAAACCGGCCCUGCUGGAGAGGCUUCUGGGGGCCGGGGCCCGUGACAGGCAGCCCCCACUGCAGCGGCCCGUGCGAAGCCCCGGGGUCCGCUCUCGUCCCAGCCCUAGCUCCGGCGCGAAGCCCAGGGCGCGGACGCGCCCCCGGACUGAACCCCAGGCCCCUCCUAAAACAGCUGGAAAGUCC